UGCUACUCUGUGUCUGCGGGGGUGUGUGCCUGUUUGUCCCCUGGGGUCAGCAGUCGGGGCUGCGUCCGCAGGGUGUCCAGGGUGUCCAGGAACGUGUCCAGGAUCUGUGCCUUUGGGCUUUGCUGUUCGUGUCUGUGCCUCUGCCGCUGUGGCCAGUCUCCAUUUGUGUUUCCGCGCAUGGUUCUUUUUGUUUCCGGAGAGAAAAUUCCUGGAGGAAUUGCUAGGCCUGCCUGCUCUCUCCUAGCUGACACCGAGGUCCGGCCCCUUCUCUUAGCAGCCUGGGGCCCAGACCCGGGCCACCAUGGUGCUGCCUCCAGGCCCAGCUGCCCUCCUGCACACACUGCUGCUCCUGCCAGCCCUUCUGAGUUCAGGUUGGGGGGAGUUGGCACCACAAAUAGAUGGGCAGACCUGGGCUGAGAGGGCACUUCGGGAGAAUGAGCGCCACGCCUUCACCUGUCGGGUGGCAGGGGGGCCUGGCACCCCCCGAUUAGCCUGGUACCUGGAUGGACAGCUGCAGGAAGCCAGCACCUCAAGACUGCUGAGCGUGGGCGGGGAGGCCUUCUCUGGAGGCACCAGCACCUUCACUGUCACUGCCCAGCGGGCCCAGCAUGAGCUCAACUGCUCCCUGCAGGACCCGGGCAGUGGCCGGUCAGCCAAUGCUUCUGUCAUCCUCAAUGUGCAAUUUAAGCCAGAGAUUGCCCAAGUUGGGGCCAAGUACCAAGAAGCUCAGGGCCCAGGCCUCCUGGUUGUCCUGUUUGCCCUGGUGCGUGCCAACCCGCCUGCCAAUGUCACCUGGAUCGACCAGGAUGGGCCGGUGACUGUCAACACCUCUGACUUCUUGGUGCUGGAUGCCCAGAACUACCCCUGGCUCACCAACCACACCGUGCAGCUGCAGCUCCGCAGCCUGGCACACAACCUCUCGGUGGUGGCCACCAAUGACGUGGGUGUCACCAGUGCCUCGCUUCCAGCCCCAGGGCUGCUGGCCACCCGGGUGGAAGUGCCGCUGCUGGGCAUCGUUGUGGCUGGAGGGCUUGCCCUGGGCACCCUUGUGGGGUUCAGCACCUUAGUGGCCUGCCUGGUCUGCAGGAAAGAGAAGAAGACCAAAGGCCCCUCCCGGCGCCCCUCUCUGAUCUCCAGUGACUCCAACAACCUGAAACUCAACAACGUGCGCCUGCCCCGGGAGAACAUGUCCCUCCCAUCCAACCUCCAGCUCAACGACCUCACUCCGGAUUCCAGAGCAGGGAAGCCAGCAGACCGGCAGAUGGCUCGGAACAACAGCCGGCCAGACCUGCUGGACCCAGAGCCCGGCGGCCUUCUCACCAGCCGAGGCUUCAUCCGCCUCCCAAUGCUGGGCUACAUCUACCGAGUGUCCAGUGUGAGCAGUGAUGAGAUCUGGCUCUGAUCUGAUGGUGAAACGGGGUACCCUCUUGGCCCCCGGACACCCUCCCGCGUCUUCUCCAAGGCAUCCUCUGCCCAGCUGCGUUGCCCACAUGAAGAGUCUGUGCCACUCCCUCUUUUGCUUGCCCACCUGGCUGGGGUGCCCUCUGGAUCAUAUCACAUGAUGUGUUUCACUGGGAUCUGACUCGCAGGGGCACAGGUAUCCUUGGCUGGGCUGCCAGGUAAAUCUCAGCCCCUCUUGCUAACUCAGGUUAGGAGCCUGCAUGUGAUGACCGGGCUCUUGCAGGUGGAACUCUUGGGCCAGGUGUGUCCAGGUGUCAUCCAGCGUCCAAGUGUGGCAUGUCCUGCUAUAUGCCCCACACUAGUGCACCUUAGCACCCUCCACAGUAGGCACGGGGGCAUGCCCGCUUGGGAGAUGGGGAGGGCCCUGCAUGGAUUUCCUUCCUAUGCUGUGUAGCUUUGUUCCCUCAGGAGAAAUUUAGGACCUUGCUAGCUGUAUAGAACCAAACUGCCCUUUGCACAGAAACCAACCCUUAGCUCAGGGGCACUGGCCAAGCACAAACCAGUCCCUUUUGCUGCAUACCUCUCUGCCCCUUCUGGCCCCACCUCCUCUGGGCAUCCUAGGUUAUAUGUUGGACCUUUUCCACUUCUCCACUGGGCACUAGACUUUUCUAUUGGCCUGACCCCUGGUGGUGCCAGUGCCUGGUAUUAGCACAAGUCAGGGAGGUAACAAGUCUGGUAGCACCCAGGAUAGCAUGUAGCUGUGCAUCGUUUUUUUCCAGUGUUAGCACUUUAAGCACAUCCCCUGGGGAAGGGGGUGAGUGAGGGGCCCAUAGGCCUCUGUGGCUCCCCAAGUUUGGCCUUCUGGUGAAUCACUGUGAGUAUCCUGAGCCCUCAGGAUGGAUGGUUUUCCUCUCAGCAUGUCUCCUCCACUGUGGGCCCCCAGCCCUGGCCGGUCCCCCGCUGCCCCACUAGGAUGGUCACAAGAGGGGCAUACUUCAACAGUGCCAGAGCUUUAGGGGGACAUGGAGAAAAAGGGAGACCACAUACCCCCAAACGACCUAAGAAUGCUUUAAAAGCACCAUGGAAAUGAUUGGAAAUUAAUACAGUACAGAGUAUAUUUUUCCCUUGUUGAGGUCUUGUUUUGUAAUUUUUUUUCAUGUUACUGCAUAGGACAGUGUUGAGCACAUGGUAAAUUCAAUAAACUGACUGAAUGAAUGCA